UAUUAUAUUAACAACUAACUGCAUUCAUUAUUUUUACACAAAACAAAAGCAAAUACUAUAAAGGAAGAUACAAAUAUCUAAAAUAGUAUUUACAAUUUUCAUAAAUUUAGAUAGCUAUAGCGAAAACAAAUAGCAGCUGACUAAUGUCACUCAAUCCAUCGAUUUCUAAUCGUACAAAUUAGAGAAACGAAAUCAUGAGUAGCGAAAAGUAAAUUAUAUCAAGCGACGUUAACUCCCAUUAAAAUCAUGAAAGUCUUUAGAAUAGCCUUAACGAUAAAAACCUUAAAAUAAAUGAUACAAUGGGAACGCUUAAGAUUGAACCCUACAAUUAAAUCCUUAAUUAAUGGGAAAUAAAUCAAAAUUAUAUCAGACAUAAGAUGCGCUUAGACAGAAUCAAGAAAAAGGAUUCUCCUACCUUUAUACCAGAGACAUAGCCAACUAAAGUUAACAAUCAAGUUUGUAUGAAGAGUAAAUCAGUAGUAAAUAAAAAAGGGAGAUUGAUAGCUGAAGAGAGGAAGACAGAAAUUGAAAGGGAGAACAUUAUUCUAUUAAAUAAAAUAAGCAAGAUUAUGAUGUCAAAGAAAGCCUGAUUCCCUAACAGUUCCCCUAAUUAAAUCAAACAAAUCAAUAUUAACCCAGAAAAUAUUACAGUUUCGGCUAUUAACAUUAAUACUGCCAACAACUAAAACACCACUAACUCCUAGGCUGCAUUUUACCAAAACCCUAAUUUAAAUACAAACUAGAAUAAUAGUAAUCUACUAAACUCGUCUGCAAAUAAUAAAAGCGGAUAUUGGGGCACUUCUCGCCACACUAAAAGUUUAAACAAAGAAUCUAGAUUUAGAAACCUAGUUAAAAUAGCAUCAGAGAACCAAGAAAUACUUUAUCGUAUCAAAAGUAAAAAAUCAUAAUACAGUGCAAAUAAAUUAUUUAAAGAAAGACAAGAGUAAGAAAAGUUACUCAGCAACAUAUCUCGUUUUAAGAAAAGCCCGAGAAAAAGAAAUAGCAUGAGAGUAGAAAGUGCUAAAUCCAGAGAUAGAUCUUAUAAUUUACCAGAAUAAUAAAAUAUGAGUGCUGAAUUAGCAAACGACGACAAGAACAAAAGUUUCACAGAACAAAACUUCAAUAAUAAUUACAAUUCAUAUAACAAUAGAGACACUAAUAGUUAUCAAUCUUAAAGGAAGUCUAGCAAUCCUAACAUGAGAAAUAACUUUAGAGCAUAUUAAAACACCCACUACACAACAUAUAAUUAAAACUAUAUCCCAUCAGUAAAUAAAAUUGCUAGGCAGAAAGGAUACUUUAGCCAAUAUGAGCCUAGAUAAUCUUCAUUAUAGAGUAGAGGAGAUAGAGUAAAUGCUCAAAUUAACUCUUCAGGAAUUGAGGAAUACAAUUAUAACAAAAAUAUAAAUUCAUAAUAAUAUGAAAACGAAGCUAACUACCAAGAGUUUAAUUAAGAAAUAGAUUUCUAAAACAGAUUAUAAAUUCAUAAAAAAGAUUAAUACAUUGGCGAUUCACCUUGCGUUGUUGAAGUAUCAAGAGGAUAAAGGGAUUUUUAUAUUGUUGUUUAUUGUAUACCGGACGACAAAACCUUUAGAUUAAUCUUAAAUGACAAGUAAGGAGAGAACAUUUUUUCAAAGAUUAACUAUAACUUUGACCUACUUGCAAAUGUAAUGCAAAUAUAAAAUAGUAAUAUGAUUCUAACGUUAGAAAACAUAGGAUAAAAUAAUAAAUAGUAAGCACAUUAAAAUAAUUUUGAUUCAGACUCUUCAUAAAAUUAUUCAUAAGCACAAAAUUAAUAACAUACUUCUUCUUAAAAGAAUUCCUAGAAAGGACAAACUCCAAAAAAUUAACCUGAUUUAAGUGUAUAUAGUAAUAAUAGCAGUAAUUUGUAAUACUAAUAGUCUAAUAGCUAAAAAUAAAAAUAAAAAACCAAUACAUAAAGCAAAAGUAACUAAAGCAGCAAUAGCAAUACAAUAUAAGAUUAAUCUAGGUCAAAUACUUAGAAAUCAGAAUAAAGAAUAAAUAGUGAUCAUUAUGUGAAAGUAGAUGAAGUAUUAAAAGAAUAUACUUAAAAUAAUAAUUAACCAAACAAUUAAGUGAACUCUAAUGAGUAAUCAAGAAGACAUUCUAAGUAAUAGCAUUUAAAUAUGGCUAACAUAAACCCAGAAAGUCAAGGAUAAUUAAAAGAAUAAAAUCAAAAAAAAGUUAGCAAUCAAGAUGAACAAUAUGAAGAAGUAGAAGAGUUAAACGAUUAUGAAAAUUAGUCAUUUGAUGAUCCUGAAAGUAAUUUAACAUCUGCAAAAGAAAAGAAAAAAAGUGGUAGAUUAAAUUACAAUUAAUUGGAAGAAUCAGGUUCUGAAUAAUAUGAAAAAGAUUUUGAGAAAGAAGAUUAUGAAAAAAAUUUAAACUAAUCCAAAAAAUAAGCUAAUUCGUAGUAAUAGAAUAAAAGAAAAUCAGAAAUUAUUGAUGACAAUUUUGAAAUAGAAUAUGAUAAUGAUUAAGAAGAUUAUACAGAAGAAUAAAGAUAAGGAGAGGAUAAUAUUGUGAAUGAUGAAGAUAACUACUAUCAAGAUAAUGAGUAAGAGUCUCAAUCAGACAAUUACGAAAAGGAUUUUGAUGAAGAAGAUUUUGAACGAAGCUUAAAAUAAUCGAAAAAGCAAACCAAUUUGUAGCAAUAAAAUAAAAGAAAAUCAGAAAGAAUUGAUGAAAGUUUUGAUCCUUAAUAUUAAAAUGAUCAUGAUUAAAAGAAAAAUGAAGAAAUAGGAUUAAAAGGAGAAGACAAUUACAAUCAAGAUAAUUAAGAAGAUGAAGAAAACAAUUAACAAUAUGAUAGUAAUGAUGAUAAUUAUGACCUAGAUUCAGAUCAAAAUAAAGAAAUAGGAUAAACAUAAAAUGGUAAAAAUUCAUAAAAUCCAUAUUUUGAAGGAGAUGAAAGAUUAUAAAGUGAAGAUUAUUUCGAUAAAGAAGAUAGCUCAAGUGAAAAUGAAAAUUUAACAAAUUAAAAAAAUUAAAAUAAUGAUAGUGACUCUUACAAAAUGGAUUCAUCUAAUUAAGGUAAAUCUAUUAGAAGUAGUAGUAAUGUCAGUUAAAAUCAAAAAAAUCACUCAAACUAUGUCAAAAAUCCUGAAUCAAAAAAUGAUUCAGGAGUUUCUAAUCAUGUUAAAAACGAAUCUUCUAAUUCAAAUCAACUUUAAAAUUAUUCUGAAAAAUCUAACAAUAUUAAAACUGAUUAAGAGAUAAGCAAUCAUGUUAAAACUGAUCAAGAGAUAAGUAAUAAUGUUAAAACUGAUCAAGAAGGCAGCAAGCAUAUUAAAACUGAUCUAGAAGGUAGUAAGCAUGUUAAAACUGAUCUAGAAAAUAGCAAACAUAUAAAUACUGAUCUAGAAGUAAGUAAUCAUACUAGGUCAGAUCAAGAAAAGAAUAACCAUAUUAAAAUAAACAAAGAAAUCAAUAAAGAAAUGGUUAAAAAUGAUUCAAGAAAAUCGAAUAAAACUAAAACUGAAUAUGAAUAUGAAAAUGAAAAUGAUAGUCACGUUAAUGAAGAAUUUGUAAAUUCUAAUGCAAUUAAAAAAGAAACAGAAAUUGAAGAUUAUUUUAUUAAAAAUGACUUGGAAAGUUCUAACCAGAUUUAAAACGAGUUAGAUAUUAAUAAUUAAAUUAAAAAUAAGACCUUUGAUGCAAAUUACUCAUCAAAUAAUGAUGAAGAUGAAGAAGAAUAUGAUUAUGUUGAUAAAAAUCUGGAUUAAGAUUAAAACUAAUCUGAAGUAAUUAAAAAUAAUACUAAAAACAAUUAAAAUUAAAACUAAAACGAAGAAUAUCAUCAUGAACACUACGGAGAAAAAAGACUUAGCUAAAGCAAUAAUUAAAAUUAUUACGGUGACGAUUAUGAAGAAGAUGAAGAAGACUUAGAUGAUCAUGGAAACUAAGAUAGUCAAGGAUUUGAUAAUAACUAAAAUUAAGAUGAAUAUUAAAUCCAGAAUAAGUUCUUGCUGCAAAAGAUAGAUGAAGCAAAUUAAAAUAAUGAGGAAGAUGGCUAAUCGAGCUUAAGCAAUUUUACUAAAAGAAGUUAAUUAAAUUCAUAACUUUAAAGCAAAUAGUCAAGAAACCACUCUUAAGUUCCAUCUCCUGUUCCAUUUUCAAGAAACUAUUCAAACUAAAAAAUAAAGUAAAGUGAGAAUGAUUCAAAUAAACACUUGUAAAAUUCUUAUGAAAUCGAAAACUGAUUUUUAUAUUAAGAAAUGUUAAGGCUAUUCAAAUAGUAUGAAUAAAAUUUAUCAUAUUAUAUUAAGUCACUUCAUAAUUAAUAUUAAUUUUUAAUUCUAAAAUAUUUACUUUAUAAUUUGUCUUUAAAUAUCAAUUACCCCAUUAUUAAAUAUAUACCAUAAUUCAUGUAAUACAUUUAUACAUGCAAAUAUUCAUUCCUUCAUUAAUUCUUUGCUGAGCAAAUAGCUUUGAUCAAUUUAAUCACUAUUAAA